ACGAGCACAACGACAACCGAGAAGACCUCGACAACCACAGGGUCGAUAACUAGUACAUCGACUAGCAACACAGCAACGACCGUCACCACAACCGCAACAACGGUCACCUCGAGCUCGACCACCACAACUUCGAAGACAAGCACAACAAGUACGACCACCACAACCACCACAUCUUUGAAUCCGGAGGCCCUGUCAUUCCUGGUGGAGGACCAUGGGCCGCAGGCGACGUCCAUGACUCCGACCACUGGACUUGAGAACGCCACACUGGUCAUCCAAGGGCAUGGCCUGGGUUCGCAGUGGGGCGCAGUCUACUUCGUGAAGCCGGGGCGGCUUUUCGCAACUUCGGCGGAUGCCAGCAGCUGUGACGUGACUUCCUGGCAGGAGGUCGAGGUGCAGUGUCUGGUGCCGCAGCUUGCAGCGGGAGCAUAUCAGGUCCACGUCAGAGUCCCAUACGUCGGGGAUGCGGUGGUGCCAGAGCCCUUCAUCGCCCCGCUCCUGCUCACGGGCGCCGGCCCUGCGACCGAGAUGGAGCUGCUCCGCAGAAGCAACGAGACAGAUGGCAUGGAGGAGGCAACCGCCGUCUUCGUACUUGAAGGGAGCAUGGCCGGGGGUCAGGAGUUGGUCCUGCUUGGAGCGGGCUUUGGCCAUGCGAAGGAGGCCACGCAGGUGACGGUCUGCGGCGCACCUUGCGAAGUGCUGUACUCGGAUCACUCGGAGGUGAAGUGCCGGACACCCCUGCUGCUGACCGACGCCGAGGAAGUGCUCGCAGAGCUUCCGCACCAG